UGUGAAGGGGCGCCUCUGGGCUACUAGGAGAUGGAGUUGCUGAGCAACGCAAAGCUGCUGCCAUGAGGCUGGCGGCUUGGAGGUUCAGAAGCAGGAGUGUGUGGGCGACGUGGGAGGGCACAUUUCGCGAUGGGAACUGGCGGCGAGUGCAAAAAGAAGAAAUUGAAAGAAAGAAAUGAAGCUAACUAGUGAGCGUCUUCCUCAGGAAAGUUGCAGUGAGAAUAUCCUUGAAACGGUUUCAGAUUUGCAAAGUACUGAAUCAGCAGACUGGAAAUGGCUAACAGACUCUGAGAGUCACAGUCAUACUUUUCGGCUUGCAAAAGCUGAAGAGCUGCUGGAGAAGAGGAUCAGUGCCGGAGAUCCUCAGGCACACUUUCUAAAAGGGCAACUGUACUUUGAAGAGGAAUGGUAUGAAGAUGCAUUACUGCAGUUUGAAAAAACCAAAGACACAGAUUUUCAGUCCAUGUAUCAGUUAGGUGUGAUGUAUUAUGAUGGAUUGGGGACCCAGCCAAAUCCUAAAAAAGGAGUGGAAUACAUGGAGAAGAUUGUCAGCUCUAAAUCUUCUAAAGCAAGACAUUUAAAGUUUGCAGCUGCAUAUAAUCUUGGCAGAGCUUACUAUGAAGGAUGUGGGACGGAGAUUUCAGAACAGGAGGCUGAAAGGUUAUGGUUUAUUGCUGCAGACCAUGGGAAUCCAAAAGCAAGCGUAAAGGCUCAAAGUGCCCUUGGAAUGUUAUAUUCAGCAAGACAUCCAAAGGAUCUGAAAAAGGCAUUCUUUUGGCAUUCAGAAGCUUGUGGGAAUGGAAGCUUGGAAUCUCAGGGCAUUCUUGGGUUGAUGUACCUUUACGGACAUGGUAUUCAUCAGAAUUUAAAGGCUGCUUUGGAGUGUCUGAAUCAAGCAUCUGAUCGUGGAAAUGUCUACGCUAAAGGUCAUUUGGUGGAAUAUUACUACAAAAGGAAGUUUUUUACAAAAGCUGCUGAGUUUGCCAAAAGAGUUGCAGAGAAUGAUGAUGUUGAAAAGAUAGCAAAGACAACAGACUGCCUUCCUUUUUAUGUAACUAGAGGGCUUGCGAUAGCUUCUUUCUAUUUGGCUAGAUGCCUCCACCUUGGCCUUGGAACACACAAAGAUAUAGCAGAAGCACACAAAUAUUAUUCCAAGGCAUGCAGACUAGACCCUGAUACUGCUGCUGAUCUUGAGCUGACAGCUAAUCAUGGGAGAAUUUAGAUCAUCAUUUUGAAUCUGACCAAGUUCCAGCAAUUUCACUUUAUAACUUUUGACAACUAUCCCUUAGCAUCCUACAAAUCAUGAUUAUUCUGAACAAGGUUUACGACUUAGAUACAGAAUUUCCUGAUGUCUUUUUUUACUUGUUCUUAAUUUAGAAGUGAAACACCAUAUGGGUUUCUUUCAAUGUGGGCUAACUAUCAUGUAUUGGUCAAAAUUCAUCUGCAUUUCUGAAUUUAGUUUUGUUACAUUGUAUGAUCAAAGCUUGAGCCAAUUUGAUUUUCACUAUUAAGUGCCUCUUACAAAUAUUAAAGAUGCAGGAUUGAA